AUGUCCAAAUUCCUGGUUCUUUGGACUCUCAGCUAUGACAUGGACAGUUUGGACAAUGGGACUUCCACACCAGAGAAAUCGGUGGAGGACUUGACGAGGAGUGCCAGUAACUCUCCAACCCAUGGUGCUUCUAAAGCGGCUCGUGCCCUUACUGUGAGGUGAGUGUCACCAGGAAUUGGUGAGAAGUAUGGAGAUGAACUUCUGUCUGUUAGAUGGGACUGAGGUUGGGCUACACUUGUAGUUCUUGCAUCCUAGAUUCAUGGGGCGUUAAUUGCGAGGAAUGAACAAGGACUCCCACUCCUCCCCACACCCACACUCUGUGACACACACAUUGUGACACAUACACACACACCAUUCCCCCUGCCCAGUCCCCCCCCCCCCCCUGGGAGUUGAUGUGUCCGUAGAUUGAUCUCUGUGGAUGUCUGUGAUUGACGUCACUGCACGACUGGAUCAUUGCAGCGGGUGGUAGGCUGACACACACACAAACACACAGAGAGAUUCGAGAAGAGUUUUCCUGGGAGACAAAGGCCUGGCUUUAUAACUAUGUUACAGUAUUAUGAGAUGCAGAGGCAGGUCAGUACUGUGAUAUGAGAUAUGUCUGACAGAUUAUUUGAAUUAGAUACAGGGGAUUUAGUCCCCUGUCUGUAGCUAUAUGUUUCUCUUUCCCCCAACUUUUUCACACUACUGUGGACUGUGUUGUAGUCAUCUUAUAGAUAUAUUACAUCUAAUUCAAAUUAUGUGGUGGUGUUGACAUGUUUUAUCAAAACACAGGUGACAUUCAUUCCAUGGGCAUUGACAACCUGAUUCACUUUGAUGUAGAUGACAUUGAGCACGUUUACAUAUCCCGCUUAAGGUCUUAUUCGGGAUAAGCUGUUUACAUGCACCUUUGAUAUUCCACUCAUGAGUAUGUAUCCCUGUAUCCAUGAAUAAACCGAAUAUUCCUCAUUUAAGUUCAUAUGGGAUACAUGGAAUAGUAACUGAAAUAUGGACUGUAGGCCUAUAACCUCUCACAUUUAGUGUAAUGUAAUAUUAACUCCUGCAGAAUUAUGCAUUUCUUGCAGUGCAAUUAUAAAACAAAUGUUAAUUUAGUUUCAGGAACAGGAGUGGAGAAAUAUUAUUACUGAUACUUUUGAUCAAAUGUGAAUGCAUGUGUCUGAGUUUCCUGAAGGCAGCUGAUGCUUGCUUGAUCCUAUUUUGAAUUUUGAAGUCGAUGCUGCAGUCCUCCGAGAGGAUGCUGCCCAGGUAUUUGAAGGAGGGGACUAUUGUCAGUGAUUUUGUUUAAUGGUGAAGACAGGCAUGGUGGGUGGAGGGCUGGAUCUCCAUUGGCAGACCACCUCUGUCUUGGUGGUGUUGAUAGACAGUCCCAUCCUGCUAUAGACCCUCACAGCCGUUACAAGGACGGACUGAAGGUCUUCCGGAGUGUGGGCCACAAGAGCACAGUCAUCAGCAUACUGCAGCUCAAGAACCCACUCCGUCGAAACCUUGGUGGUUGCUUGGAGCCUCCUGAUGUUGAAUAGGUUUCCAUCCAGCCUGUAGUCCACCGCAACCCCGCUGCUGUCCUCAAGCCCCUUGUGGAGAAGCUGGGUGACACAUAGGAGGAAGAUGUUAAAGAGUACAGGUGCCAGCACACACCCCUGCCUCACACCGAUGCUUACUCCAAAGGACACUGACUACUGCCCUCCUAUGGCCACCCGAGCCAUCAUCCCAUCAUGGAACUGGCAAAGAAUGUUGCCAAAUUUGUCUGGACAGCUAAAGAAUGCCCCAUAGUAGUUCUCUGCUCACAGUGUCGAAGGCCUUGGAGAGGUCGACAAGGCCAUGAAAAGGUCCUGAUGUUGUUCACAGCACUUCUUCUGGAGUUGCCGUGCCGUGAAUAUCAUGUUGACCGUACUCCUGUUCUUUCUGAAGCCACACACACACACACCUCUAUAAUCCUUUUCAUCCGUAGGGUAAACGUUGGAUGCAGCAUGCCUCCCUCUCAACAAUGUAGUCUAUGUCUAAAUGUAAACAUUGUGUAAACGUGAAUGUGAGCAAUGUCUGACUAGGGCCAAACCAUCAGACAUUCCACCCAUCAACAGACAUCUUGGAGGGUCCAUUUUGGGGCACUGCCUGUCAUUGAAGGGUGUGUAAGAACCAUAUCUCAUCAUCAUUGGAUUGUCUCUGUUUCUCUAAACAUUCUUUGUCCCUCUCUCACUCUUACUAACUCAGAUGUCAUUUUGAAGGGACUAUUAACAUGCACACCACCAUUAUGCCUCUCGUUGUGGUGUUGAGAAGGGGAAUAAAGACUAAUUUCUAAGUUCAUCAUUAACAAGAAUGACCCUAGCAAUGAAAAUGUAGGCGAGAUAGUAAUUCUUAUUUAUGAACAAUUUUGAAAUAUGUAGACAUUAUAAACACCUAGAGUUUACAUUUUAUAGUUAUUUAAACAUACCGCAAGGGCUUUGAAUGAAAAUGUGUUACUGUGGCUUUGUAAUAACCUCAUAUUUACAUAAUGCAUAGCGCUAUGCAUUAGUAAUAACAUGGUAAUAACAGCUACAUUUCUCACCUGGCAGAUUCAACUCUCUCCACAACAGGAAAGCGCUGAGGAACUCACGCCUCGUCAGUCAGAAAGACGACGUUCACCUCUGCAUCAUGUGUCUACGUGCCAUCAUGAACUACCAGGUACACACUGCUCCAUGUAAACCUUAUUUAACCUUUAUUCAACCUAUAACAUUUGGCCAGGUAGGCCUAUUCACCUUUAUUUCUACUGUUAAAACAGAGUGACUAAAUAGAGUUAGCUAGGAAUAACAUUUAUUUUAGCCUCAUGGCUUGGUGUUUUACACGCCAUUACUUUAUGCCUCCCUCCUAUGCUGGAAGACAUUGUCCAUUGAAAAAGCGACAGUUGACAGGCUUUGUGUCAGUAGGAAUCAAGUCUACACUGCAGUAUAUGUCAUAUGACUGACGAUGGCGAUGACUGACAACUGUGUGUAUGUGUGGGUUUAGUCUGGGUUUAACCUGGUGAUGACUCACCCAUGCUGUGUGAACGAGAUCACGCUCAGUCUCAACAACAGGAACCCCAGGUGAGGACCAGUAUUAUUAGUGUGUGUGUGUGCUGAGUCUGUAUGUCUGUCUGUUGUGUAAAAUAAUAUUGUUGUUGAGUGUGUGUGCAUGUGUGUGUUUUUAGUUUUAGUAUCCUUGUGGGGACCAGAAGUGGGGACGUUUCGCCAGUUCCCACAAGGAAAAAGGCUAUGGUAAGCUUUGUCACGCCCUGGCUCUGGGGACUCUUAAAUGUUGAGCCAGGGUGUGGAUUUCCAUUGUUUAGUUUUCUAUGUUUUUCGUUCUAGAUCGUUUAUAUCUAUGUUGGCCAGGGUGGUUCCCAAUCAGAGACAGCUGUAGCUCGUUGUCUCUGAUUGGGGACCAUACUUAGGCAGCCUUUUGGCCUGUUAGUUUUGUGGGAUCUUGUUCCGUAGGGUUUUGUGUAUAACCUAGGACUUCACGUAUCGUUUGGUUUAUUGUUUUGGUUCGUGUGUGUACACAAAUAAAGAAUGUACGCUUAUCACGCUGCGCCUUGGUCCGCUUCAUCUGUCAGCGAUCGUGACAGAAGAUCCCACCACCAGAGGACCAAGCAGCGUGCCCAGGAGGAGAAGUUGGCGAUGUCCCAGGUGGGCAAAUGGUGGUCUUGGGAGGACAUAUUCGCGGGCAGAGGGCCAUGGGCAAAAGUAAAUGCCCAGGCAGGAGAGGAGAAACGGCGCCAACCGUGCCGACGACGGACACGCGAGAGGCAACCCCAAUACAUUUUUUGGGGGGGAGCACACGGCGUGGACGACGGGGCUGCUGGAGGCAGCUACAGGGCGAAUCGGCGGACUAGGAGAGGAGGCCACCAGGUUUGGGGGGCUGGAAGGCUGGUUGGCGGAGCCUAGAGGUAGAGCAGAGCCAACUCCCCGUACUCAGGCUAGGCAGCGUGAGACUGGGCAGGUUCCGUGUUAUGCGGAGCCACGUACUGUGCCGCGAGUGUUCCGGCACAGUCCUGUACGUCCUGUGCUAGCACCACGCACGUGUCGUGCUAAGGUGGGCAUGCAGCCCGGUCCGGCCUGUUCCUGCUCCCCGCACCAAGCCAGUGGUGCGCGUCGCCAGCCCGGUCCGGCCUGUCCUGCUCCCCGCACCAAGCCAGUGGUGCGCGUCGCCAGCCCGGUCCGGCCCGUUCCUGCUCCCCGCACCAAGCCAGUGGUGCGCGUCGUCAGCCCGGUCCGGCCCGUUCCUGCUCCCCGUACCAAGCCAGUGGUGCGCGUCGUCAGUCCGGCACGGCCCGUGCCUGCUCCACCGGUGUCCAGUCCAGCUCCGGCCAGCGGGGCCAGACCAGACCAGGGGCGCAACGGGGGGGUAGAGAGAGAGUGGUGGUCACGCCCGGAGCCGGAUCCGCCUCCGAGGCGGAAUGCCCACCCGGCCCCUUCCCUCUUGUGGGGGGGGGGGGGGGGGGGGGGGGGGGGGGGGGGGGGUACUGUCACGCCCUGGCUCUGGGGACUCUUAAAUGUUGAGCCAGGGUGUGGAUUUUCAUUGUUUAGUUUUCUAUGUUUUUCGUUCUGUUCUAGAUCGUUUGUAUCUAUGUUGGCCAGGGUGGUUCCCAAUCAGAGACAGCUGUAGCUCGUAGGACUUCACGUAUCGUUUGGUUUAUUGUUUUGGUUCGUGUGUGUACACAAGUAAAGAAUGUACGCUUAUCACGCUGCGCCUUGGUCCGCUUCAUCUGUCAGCGAUCGUGACAGGCUUAGGGGUUAGGUUUAGGGUUAGGUUUACAAUAAGGGUUAGGGUUAGAAUUACGGUUUAGGUUUAGAGUUAGGAGUUAGGGUUAGGGUUAGGGGUUAAGGUUAGGUUAAGGGUUAGGUAAAAUAGGAUUUUGAAUGGGAACCAAUUGUUUGGCCCCCACAAGGAUAGUAAAACAAAUGUGUGUGUGUGUGUGCGCGCGUGUUUGUCUGUGUAUGAGGGUAUUAUAAUGUACACUUUUACCCCUCAGGACCAAGGCCCUGGUGCUGGAGCUGCUGGCUGCCGUGUGUCUAGUGAAGGGGGGUCAUGACAUCAUCCUCUCUGCCUUCGACAACUUUAAAGAGGUUAGAGGGGUAUCCAUGACGACAGUCUCUUCGCCAACAAGUCCUGUCAAGCCCUACAUCCUUCUGAAGUCUCUCAAUAUCAUAUUACAUGUCAUAGAUGCUCCCAUCAGUGCUCAAUUUACGCAAAGCUUACAUGAGUUACAUGCAGAGAUCUAAAAAGAAGUUAGGAUGUGGCCAUCAGUCGUCUGCAUGCUUUCCUUGAUGACUCACACUAGCAGUGUGAACACGGCACAAUCAACCCCCAUCCAAAGACAUCCUGUCUCAGUUUGAGAUACAUGGCAUGGGGGUGCCACAGUAGGCUCAGGUUGGCAUACCUCUCGUUCCUUUUGUUACUUGGGAAGAGAUGGGGAACACCACCACCCCCUUCACACACCGAACCCCAUGGCAGCUGUCGAGGCAGUUGCCUCCUAUAAGCAGACACAAAGUAUGGAAGGGGGUGGGGGCAAAAACAUUUGUAACAUUUGUUGCCGUCGUGACAGUUGAACCUUUCCGUGGACCUCUCACCACUGUCUGUCAAGGGAGCAACUGUUUCCAACAGAAAAAUACCCCCAUGGAUAGGGCUACCCAGAGAUUGCGAUGUAGACCUGGAUGUAGACCUGGGAAUUAUUAGAAAUGGGCAAGGUCAGGGAAGCUAGGUCUGCAACCUGUGGUAUUUAUGGAUAGUGGCCCCUAAGCACUGCUCUGUGGUCAGUUUUGUCUUUGAAGUCCUGAUUGGUAUAACUAGGAAUGAUGAGUGAAGCUGAUCCUAGACCAGUAGUUAUGGGAAACCUCUCCCUAGAGCGGAUAAUUACAUGGACAUUGACCAGAGCAGAUAACUCUCUAUCAAAAUGUCUCACGUUCACUCGUUUCCUAUGACGUAUGUCUGGUGGCUUGAGGAAGUAUCAGAACACGAUAUAUCAGUGUUGGUUACUUACAGUCCGUCUUUUUAAAGCCCAAUAAUAUGACACUCAGAGAUAGGCAUCGGUUAAACAAUGCACACAAAGUUGUGAAAUAUUUAAAGAGGGAUUGAGUUUUUCAACACUCUCAAAUCAGCUCGAUAAAAGUCAUCAAUAAUUGCAGUAUCCAGAGCUCUCACCUUCUCAUAUCCAAUCACGCACAUUGUUUAAGCAAUACCUUAGAGUAGUAUCCUAUUAUCAGUUACAGAGCUGGCAUCAAAAGCGGCACAGUGAGUGGUACUUGUUUUGGUACAGCGCAGAGAGACUGUGUGGGUGAGAGACUAAUGGAGGGAGAGAGAGCGAGAGAUGAUAGAUAGCACAUUGUAGAGGAGUGAAGGAGUGUAGUAGUGAAGGCGGGAAGGCAUAGUCCCAGGCUUGCUCCUGUUACCCACAGUGGCAGAGCGUGAGCGUUGUUGGGGUACAGGCUGGCAGGUUGAAGUGCAGGCCUGUAUUAUUUAGUGGACGUGAGUGGGCGGGGUGACGUUAAUCCUUAAAGACAAAUCACACAUGUUCAAAGGGUGCAGCUAAUGGAUAUCACACAAUAGAGUAGUCUAACUGAUAUAUUUCAGUUUCAAACACACUACUUACUCCUAGCGUGCAGAGUGUUCUGAACCCACUUUUGUAUGUAUGAGUAAUGUUCAUAUUAUAGGUUCCAUUAUUAAAGUCAGCUAACUUCCAUUAUAGAAGUCAUUUCGGAUAGCCUAGGGGUAGAGAGAGAGUGGAAGAGAGAGAGAAAGGCAUAGCAAGAUAAACUGCAUGGGGAACAGGUGGCUGUAUUUAAGGAUACCCUGCCCCCCUGUGCAUAUUUGUGGUGUGGCAGUGCAGAAUGAUGUGCCCAGUCGAAAACCUUUUCCCCUUCCAUCUAUGUCGUUCAUAAGGUAUGUGGAGAGAAGAGCCGCUUUGAGAAACUCAUGGAGUAUUUCUGCAAUGAAGAAAGCAACAUUGACUUUAUGGUGAGUCUGGCUCCAAAUUGCACAAUUCGUGUUCAUUAGGUGUUCAUUAGGUCCAUCUCCUUCUGUGCACAGAAGAGAUAAUGCUCAGACUUGAUAAGCAAGUUAUAGUAGAUGUCAACUUGAUUCCAUUGAUGUAAACCAUUGAAGUUACGUGACCAUAGUUUUCCCACGGUGUACCAUGCCGUCUCCUACUGUUUAUGUCCACCAGGUGGCGAGCAUGCAGUUCAUCAACAUCAUGGUCCACUCAGUGGAGAACAUGAACUUUAGGGUCCAUCUGCAGUAUGAGUUUACCCACCAUGGCCUGGAUGACUAUCUAGAGGUGAGUGAGCCAGAAUCACAGAGAGAAGUUGCCCCUAACCACUGACACGUGGUCAGAUAUUUUCAGAAAAUAUCAAAAUACUGUAUACCCCCAGUUUUUUAAAGAAUACUACUUAUAAUACCUUAUGAUAUUACAUUACUACAACUGUCUUUCCUUAUCAUUACCAAAAACCUAAGGACUCAUAAUUCCAUUGUGUAUGUUUUUGUUGUCAUAGGAGACUUAAUUUGAAGGUAAAUCAAUUAUGCAUGUUUGGGCACAUAAUUAAAUAGAACAGUAGUUUGUCUAUGUAUACAGUGCAUUCAGAAAUUAUUCUGACCCCUUCAAUUUUUCCACAUUUUGUUACGUUACAGCCUUAUUCUAAAAUUGAUUAAAUAAAUAAAAAUCCUCAUCAAUCUACACACAAUACCCCAUAAUGACAAAGCAUAAACAGCUUUUUAGAAAUGUUUGCAAAUGUAUUACAAAUAAAAAAACGUAAAUACGUUACUUACAUAAGUAUUCAGACCCUUUGCAAUGAGACUCGAAAUUGAGCUCAGGUGCAUCCUGUUUCCAUUUAUCAUCCUUGAGAUGUUUCUACAACUUGAUUAGAGUCCACUUGUGGUAAAUUCAAUUGAUUGGACAUUAUUUGGAAAAGCACACACCUGUCUAUAUAAGGUCCCACAGUUAACAGUGCAUGUCAGAGCAAAAACCAAUCCAUGAGGUCAAAGGAAUUGUCCAUAGAGCUCCGAGACAGGAUGGUGUUGAGGCACAGAUCUGGGGAAGGGUACCAAAAGAUUUCUGCAGCAUUGAAGGUCCCCAAGAACACAGUGGCCUCCAUCAUUCUUAAAUGGAAGAAUUUUGGAACCACCAAGGCUCUUCCUAGAGCUGGCCGCCCGGCCAAACUGAGCAAUCGGGGGAGAAGGGCCUUGGUCAGGGAGGUGACCAAGAACCCAAUAUUCACUCUGACAGAGCUCCAGAGUUCCUCUGUGGAGAUGGAAGAACCUUCCAGAAGGACAACCAUCUCUGCAGCACUCCACCAAUCAGGCCUUUAUGGUAGAGUGGCCAGACGGAAGACACUCCUCAGUAAGGCACAUGACAGCCCGCUUGGAGUUUACCAAAAGGCACCUAAAGGACUCUCAGACCAUGAGAAACAAGAUUUUCUGGUCUGAUGAAACCAAGAUUGAAAAAUGUGGCCUGAAUGCCAAGAGUCAUGUCUGGAGGAAACCUGGCACCAUCCCUAAGGUGAAGCAUGGUGGUGGCAGCAUCAUGCUGUGGGGAUGUUUUUCGCCGGCAGGGACUUGGAAACUACUCAGGAUCAAGGGAAAGAUGAACGGAGCAAAGUACAGAGAGAUCCUUGAUGAAAAACUGCUCCUGAGUGCUCAGGACCUCAGACUGGGGCAAAGGUUCACCUUCCAACAGGACAACGACCCUAAGCACACAGCCAAGACAACGCAGGAGUGUCUUCGGGACAAGUCUCUGAAUGUUCUUGAGCUGCCCAGCCAGAGUCCGGACUUGAACCCGAUCAUACAUUUUUGGAGACACCUAAAUAGCUGUGCAGCGACGCUCCCCAUCCAACCUGACAGAGCUUGAGAGGAUCUGCAGAGAAGAAUGGGAGAAACUCCCCAAAUACAGGUGUGCCAAGCUUGUAGCAUCAUAUCCAAGAAGAGUCGAGGCUGUAAUCACUGCCAAAGGUGUGUCAACAAACUACUGAGUAAAGGGUCUGAAUACUUAUGUAAAUGUGAUAUAUAUUUUUAAUAAACUUGCUAACAUUUCUAAAAACCAGUUUUUGCUUUGUCAUUAUGGGGUAUUGUGUGUAGAUUGAUGAGGGGAAAAAAACAAUUUAAUCAAUUUUAGAAUAAGACUGUAACGUAACAAAAUUCGGAAAAAGUGAAGGGGUCUGAAUACUUUCCAAAUGCACUGUAUGUGUGUAUGUGUCCCUCUGUCAUGUACAGAGGUUAAAGUUCACGGAGAGUGACCGGCUGCUGGUGCAGAUCCAGGCCUACCUGGACAACGUGUUUGAUGUGGGUGCUCUGCUGGAGGAUGCAGAGACCAAGAAUGCCCUGUUGGAACACAUGGAGGAGCUGCAGGAGCACAAUGCACAGGUGACCAUAUGUCCUUUGUGUACAUAAAAGAACACACACCCUCUAUGUAAACUUUAUUCUGAUGUGUUGCACCUGGGUGAACUUGACGCUUUGCUUGUGCAAUUUUUUUUUGAAGAUUUAGAAUAAGUAGAUGUAUGUGGUGUGCUGUGUGUUUCUACAUGUGUCUGUACGACUAUAUAUAUGUGUGUACAUGUGUGUGUGUUAUAGAUAAGCAGCAGACUGGAAGAGAGUGAGAGGGAGGCGUUGGAGAAAGUGUCAGAGCUGGAGAAACAACUCAUCCAGACCACCAAAGAGGUGGAGCUCCUAAAGGUAUGCCUAACUAUAGUCCAUUACAUUGACAAAGAAGACUUGCGUUAGAUCCCGAGCUAAUGUCUAGGCUAUAGCUCAGAGGGCUAACACAUGGACAUGUUUGUCUGUGUAACAGGUGAGUCUGCGUGAGUCCUGUGCCCAGGUGACCAUUCUACAACAGCGGGAGAUAGAGAGAGAGAUAGAACGAGAGAGGGAAAGAGAGCGGGCGAGGGAAAGAGAUCGUUCGGCCCAGGCCUUAGCGGAGCUGGAGGAGAAAGUUCAGGGGCUUGUGUGCCAGGGGCUGAUUCGAAUGGAGCGCACGUCCUCGGGACACCUGGACCUCCAUGUGGUCCCUGUCAUCCCUCCUGUUUCCGUCCCUGCAGAAACAGGUGAGCUACGAGCCACACACAUGGGCUCAGAAACCAUGUCAGAAAUCAAGAGUUUCACUGCAAAACGCUAUAUAUCCAUCUUCUGAAAUGUUGGUAAAUUAGCUUUUAUUGUUUAAAGAAAUUAUGAAAGAGAUUGGUGUGUUUUUUCACUAUCUACAGUUAUGGUCAAAGGUUUUGAGAAUGACACAAAUAUAAAUUUUCACAAAGUCUGCUGCCUCAGUUUUUAUGAUGGCAAUUUGUAUAUACUCCAGAAUGUUAUGAAGAGUGAUCAGAUGAAUUGCAAUUAAUUGCAAAGUCCCUCUUUGCUAUGAAAAUGAACUUAAUCCCCCCAAAACAUUUCCACUGCAUUUCAGCCCUGCCACAAAAGGACCAGCUGACAUCAUGUCAGUGAUCACUCUGUCAUGCUGAUUGAGUUACAAUAACAGACUGGAAGCUUUAAAAGGAGGGUGGUGCUUGAAACAUAACUUCCUCUGUUAACCAUGGUUACCUGCAAGGAAACACGUGCCGUCAUCAUUGCUUUGCACAAAAAGGGCUUCACAGGCAAGGAUAUUGCUGCUAGUAAGAUUGCACCUAAAUCAACCAUUUAUCGGAUCAUCAAGAACUUCAAGGAGAGAGGUUCAAUUGUUGUCAAGAAGGCUUCAGGGCGCCCAAUAAAGUCCAGCAAGUGCCAGGACCGUCUCCUAAAGUUGAUUCAGCUGUGGGAUCGGGGCACCACCAGUGCAGAGCUUGCUCAGAAAUGGCAGCAGGCAGGUGUGAGUGCAUCUGCACGCACAGUGAGGUGAAGACUUUUGGAGGAUAGCCUGGUGUCAAUAAGGGCAGCAAGGAAGCCACUUCUCUCCAGGAAAAACAUCAGGGACAGACUGAUAUUCUGCAAAAGGUGGCCCUUUCCGAUUGUUUGGGGCAUCCGGAAAAAAGCUUGUCCGGAGAAGACAAGGUGAGCGCUACCAUCAGUCCUGUGUCAUGCCAACAGUAAAGCAUCCUGAGACCAUUCAUGUGUGGGGUUGCUUCUCAGCCAAGGGAGUGGGCUCACUCACAAUUUUGCCUAAGAACACAGCCAUGAAUAAAGAAUGGUACCAACACAUCCUCCAAGAGCAACUUCUCCCAACCAUCCAAGAACAGUUUGGUGACGAACAAUGCCUUUUCCAGCAUAAUGGAGCACCUUGCCAUAAGGAAAAAGUGAUAACUAAGUGGCUCGGGGAACAAAACAUCGAAAUUUUGGGUCCAUGGCCAGGAAACUCCCCAGACCUUAAUCCCAUUGAGAACUUGUGGUCAAUCCUCAAGAGGCGGGUGGACAAACAAAAACCCCAAAAUUCUGACAAACUCCAAGCAUUGAUUAUGCAAGAAUGGGCUGCCAUCAGUCAGGAUGUGGCCCAGAAGUUAAUUGACAGCAUGCCAGGGCGGAUUGCAGAGGUCUUGAAAAAGAAGGGUCAACACUGCAAAUAUUGACUCUUUGCAUAAACUUAAUGUAAUUGUCAAUAAAAGCCUUUGACACUUAUGGAAUGCUUGUAAUUAUACUUCAGUAUACCAUAGUAACAUCUGACAAAAAUAUCUAAAAACACUGAAUCAGCAAACUUUGUGAAGACCAAUACCAUUCUCAAAACUUUUGACCACGACUGUAGUCAUGGCAUGGGGUUGUUCAAUGACAGACAUGUAUUUGUUUAAAAUCUAUCACUGGUUUCUUUUCAGAGAGACAAAUUAUCAUGUUUUUUUUUUGCAAAAUGCUAUGUAUCUACCCCACUCUCAGAGAAAUAAGUAGUACUGCUAGGUUCUUCACAGUCAAAUGUAACAAAUAAGUACAUUUAUAGUAAAUAACUGUACAAAUGAUACAUUUGUGACAUACAUUUUGUUAAUUACUUGUUUAAAAAUAUUUAAAUACAGUAAUAUGAGAUCUGUAUGUAAAACAUUUACAUUUUACAUUUUAGUCAUUUAGCAGAAUAUCUGAUCCAGAGCAACUUAAAGGUCCACUGCAGCCGUUUUUAUCUCAAUGUCAAAUAUUUUCUUGGUGACAAUUUAGUACCUUAUUUUGAUUGUUUGCAAUUCAAAUGGUCAAACUUAAACAAAAAUAGCAAUUUCUCAAGCAAGAAUUUAGCUAGGACUGUCUGGGAGUAAAGUGGGGAGGGGAAAACUGAAAACGAGCUAUUAUUGACCGAGAGGUUUGGAACUCUCUUUCUUAUUGGUCUAUUAACUACAGUUCCUUCAAAAAGUAUUCAUACCUCUUGACUUAUUCCAAAAAAAAUUGUGUUACAGCCUGAUUUCAAAAUUGAUUAAAUUAUUUAUUUUUUUCUCACCCAUCUACACACAAAACCCCAUAAUGACAAAGUGAAAACAUGUUUUUAGAAAUGUUUGCAAAUUUAUUGCAAAUUAAAUACAGAAAUAUCUCAUUAAUAUAAGUAUUCACACCCCUGAGUCAAUACUUUGUAUAAGCACAGCUGUGAGUCUUUCUGGAUACGUUUCUAAUAGUUUUCCACACCUGGAUUGUGCAACAUUUGCCCAUUUAUUCUUAGAUUUCCAAGUAGAUUUAAGUCAAAACUGCAACUCAACCAUUCAGGAACAUUCACUGUCUUCUUGGUAAGCAACUCCAGUGUAGCUAUGGUCUUGUGUUUUAGGUUUGUCACGGUUUCGGCCGAGGCUGCCUCUCUCCCUUGUUCGGGCAGGUUUCGGCGUUCGUCGUCUCCGGAAUUCUAGCUGCCACCGGUGUUUGUUUCUUGUUCGUUUGCUUUGGUCUGUUUGUUUUCACACCUGUUUCUGUUUUGGCGUAAUUAGUGUCCUAUAAGUUUCUCGUUGUGUUUGUCUAGUGUUGUGUGUAAUUGAUUUUCCGUCAGUUGUGUGUAUUGCUCGGUUGAGCUUCUCUCCAUUAUUACUGGAGUAUUUCCGCACCUGUUUGUGCGUGGUUACUAUUUUUGUGGCACCUGUUUGUGCGCGGUUGCUAUUUUGUCGCACCUGUUUGUGCGCAGUUUCUUUUCGCCUUCGUGCGUAAUUGUUGCCUCCGGGCAAAGGUUCCAUUUGCCUUGGUUUGGCCAAUAAUACAAGCCUUUGGGAAUAUCGUUCUGAGUCCUGCGUUUGAUUCCACCAUUUCACCUACUGCACGCCUGACAGAAUUACACACCUUCAAUGGAAUCAGCAGGAGCCGAAGCAGCUCAGACGAGACUGGAGGCCCAGGUUCGGGACCAACGAGAGCAGAUCCAACAGAUGGGGACCGCCCUGCAGGAGGUGAUUUCCACAAUCCGAGGCUGGGGUACGCCUCCACCACCUCCCUCCCUGCCAGCACCAUCGGCCAGCCCGCUCCUUCCAGCGCCGGAACCUCGAGGAGUCCGACUAUCUCUACCGAGGGCCUAUGACGGGACCGCGGCUGGGUGUCAGGGAUUUCUACUCCAGGUGGAGCUAUACCUGGCCACAGUGCACCCGGCACCUUCGGGGCAUGAGAGCGUGUCCGCCCUGAUCUCCUGCCUGGCCGGUAAAGCGUUGGAGUGGGCCAACGCGGAGUGGAGGAAGAUCGACGCCACGACGAUUACAUACGACGAGUUCUCCCGCCGCUUCAGGGCGGUGUUUGACCAUCCCCCGGAGGGGAAAGCGGCGGGGGAGCGUCUGGUCUUCCUCCGGCAGGGGAGGAGGAGUGCCCAGGAAUUCGCUCUUGAAUUCCGUACGCUAGCGGCAGAUGCAGGGUGGAAUGAUCGGGCCCUCAUCGAUUUAUACAGAUGUAGCCUACGAGAGGACGUCCGUCGGGAGCUUGCUUGUAGGGACACCAGCCUCACUUUCGACCAGCUGGUCGACAUGUCCAUCAGGCUGGAUCACCUGCUGGCUACCCGCGGACGUCCUGCGGAGGGUCCGUCCAUUCCACCCUCCAGCGCCUCCGAGCCGUGUCCUAUGGAGCUCGGUGGCGCUGGCGCUAGAGAAAGGAGGAGUCGGCAGGCUAGGGGGUCCAUCCACUGCACCAACUGUGGUCGGGGAGGACACACCGCGGCUAGGUGCUGGGGAUGGCCUCCUAGGGGAGAUGACGACAGGUCCCGCACUGGGGAUUCCCUCCAGGUGAGUAGGCGCCCCACUCACCCAGAGCUCACUGUUGCCCAUUUUUGUAUACCUGUCAGUUUUCCACAGGUAGCACCUCAUUCCCAGCAUAAGGCGCUGGUAGAUUCAGGCGCGGCUGGGAAUUUUAUUGAUAAAAAGUUUUGUUUAGCGUUAGGGAUUCCCCUUACUCCUGUUGAUGUUCCUUUCCCCGUUCAUGCCCUAGAUAGUCGUCCGUUGGGUACGGGCUUGAUCAGGGAGGUCACGGCGCCACUUAGGAUGUGUGCGCAGGGGAAUCAUCAGGAGAUGAUUCAGCUGUUCCUGAUUGAUUCUCCUGCGUAUCCGGUGGUGCUGGGCAUGCCCUGGUUGAGUACCCAUAACCCAGCUAUUUCGUGGCAGGAGAGGGCUCUGAUGGAGUGGUCUGCUCAGUGUGUGGGUAGAUGUUUGGGCGUUUCCAUAGGGGCUACCUCGGUGGAGAGUCCAAACCAGGUGCCCGCAUUGCCCGUUCCACCUGAAUAUGGGGAUUUGGCUAUUGCGUUUAGUAAGGCGAGGGCGACGCGAUUGCCACCCCAUAGGCAGGGGGAUUGUGCGAUAGACCUCCAGGCAGGAGCUGCGCUCCCACGGAGCCAUGUGUAUCCUCUGUCUCAGGAGGAGAAGAAAGCUAUGGAGGUUUACAUAGACGAAUCUCUGAGACAAGGAUACAUACGGCCUUCCACUUCCCCUGCGUCCUCGAGUUUCUUUUUCGUGAAGAAAAAGGAUGGUGGUUUGCGUCCGUGCAUCGAUUACCGUGGUCUCAAUCAGAUUACGGUGAAGUAUAGUUAUCCACUCCCGCUGAUUGCGACCAUGACUGAGUCGUUGCAUGGGGCGCGUUUCUUCACGAAAUUAGAUCUCAGGAGCGCGUACAACUUGGUGCGCAUCAGGGAGGGUGAUGAAUGGAAAACAGAAUUUAGUACCACCUCGGGCCAUUACGAGUAUCUGGUCAUGCCAUACGGGUUGAUGAACGCUCCGUCAGUUUUCCAAUCAUUCGUGGAUGAGAUCUUCAGGGACAUGCAGGGGCAGGGAGUGGUGGUGUACAUUGAUGACAUUCUCGUGUACUCGCCUACCCGUGUCGAGCAUGUGGCCCUGGUGCGAAGAGUGUUGCGGAGGCUGGUGGAGCACGACCUGUAUGCGAAGGCAGAGAAGUGUCUGUUUUUCCAGGAGUCGGUCUCCUUUUUGGGUUAUCAGUUGUCUGCGUCAGGGGUGAAGAUGGAGGUAGACCGGGUGUUGGCCGUGCGAAAUUGGCAAACACCAACUACUGUGAAGGAGGUGCAGCAGUUUUUGGGGUUUGCAAAUUACUACAGGAGGUUUAUCCGGGGUUUUGGACAGGUGGCAGCUCCCAUCACGUCUCUGUUGAAGGGGGGUCCGGUGCGUCUGCAGUGGUCGGCCGAGGCGGACAGGGCGUUUGGGAGGCUGAAGGACCUGUUUACCUCGGCCCCGGUGCUGGCGCAUCCGGAUCCCUCUUUGCCGUUCCAGGUAGAGGUGGACGCGUCGGAGGCCGGUUUAGGAGCCGUGCUUUCACAACGGUCUGGCGCGCCACCUAAACUCCGCCCCUGUGCUUUUUAUUCCAAGAAGCUCAGUCCGGCGGAGCGGAACUAUGACGUAGGGGACAGGGAGCUGUUAGCCGUGGUACAGGCUCUAAAGGUGUGGAGGCACUGGCUUGAGGGGGCUCAACACCCUUUCCUCAUUUUGACGGACCACCGUAACCUGGAGUACAUCCGGGCGGCGAGGAGGCUGAACCCUCGCCAGGCAAGAUGGAGUAUGUUCUUGACCAGGUUUACUUUUAAGAUCACGUACAUCCCUGGGUCACAGAAUGGCAAGGCAGAUGCGCUGUCUCGGCGGUAUGACACGGAGGAGAGGUCCGUGGAGCCCACUCCCAUACUGCCUGAGUCGUGUCUGGUGGCACCGGUAGUGUGGGAGGUCGAUUCUGAACUCGAGUGGGCGUUACGCACCGACCCUAGUCCACCACAGUGCCCGGAGGGUCGGAAGUACGUUCCGCUCGAGGUUCGGGAUCGAUUGAUCUAUUGGGCUCACACGUCACCCUCCUCUGGACAUCCGGGUAUCGGCCGGACAGUGCACUGUCUUAGUGCCAAGUACUGGUGGCCCACGUUGGCAAGGGAUGUGAGGGUUUAUGUUUCCUCCUGCUCGGUGUGCGCCCAGUGUAAGGCGCCUAGACAUCUACCUAGGGGUAAGUUGCUACCCCUGCCCGUUCCACAACGACCAUGGUCCCACCUCUCAGUGGACUUUAUAACAGACCUUCCCCUCUCCCAAGGGAAUACUACCAUCCUGGUCGUGGUGGACCGGUUCUCUAAGGCCUGUCGUUUGCUCCCCAUGCCGGGUCUUCCUACUGCCCUACAAACUGCCGAGGCACUGUUUACCCAUGUGUUCCGGCACUACGGGGUACCCGAGGACAUUGUGGCUGAUCGGGGUCCCCAAUUCACCUCCAGAGUCUGGAGAGCGUUUAUGGAGCGGUUGGGGGUCUCGGUAAGCCUCACCUCGGGUUACCACCCGGAGAGUAAUGGGCAGGUGGAACGCGUAAACCAGGAUGUGGGUAGGUUUCUCAGAACAUACUGCCGGGACCGGCCGGAGGAGUGGUCGAGGUACGUUCCCUGGGCCGAGAUGGCCCAGAAUUCCCUACGCCAUUCCUCCACUAACCUAACUCCAUUUCAAUGUGUGUUAGGUUACCAGCCGGUUCUGGCACCCUGGCAGCAGAGCCAGAUCGAGGCUCCUGCGGUGGAUGAGUGGGCGCGGCGCUCGGAGGAGACUUGGAACGCUGCACACGUCCACCUGCAGCGGGCCCUCCGACGUCAGAAGGCGAGCGCUGAUCUCCACCGCAGUGAGGCACCGGUGUACGCACCUGGUGAUCGAGUCUGGCUCUCUACCAGAAACCUGCCCCUCCGCCUGCCCUGUCGGAAACUGGGUCGGCGGUUUGUAGGGCCAUUUAAAGUCCUGAGAAGGUUGAACGAGGUAUGUUAUAGGUUAAUGUUACCUGUGGAGUAUAAGUGUAUUAACCCCUCGUUCCAUGUGUCCCUUCUCAGGCCGGUGGUAGCGGGCCCACUCCAAGAAGAUGAGAUCUUGGAGACUCCUCCGCCCCCGUUGGACAUCGAGGGGGCACCGGCGUACUCCGUGAGAUCCAUCUUGGAUUCGAGACGUCGGAUGGGGGGUCUCCAGUAUCUAGUGGAGUGGGAGGGGUACGGCCCGGAGGAGCGGUGCUGGGUGCCGAGGAGAGACGUUUUGGACCCGUCGCUCCUGACGGAAUUCCAUCGGGGGCAUCCGACGCGCCCUGCGCCGCGUCCUCCUGGUCGUCCCCGAGGCCGGAGUCGGCGCACGUCUGGAGCCGCGCGUCAAGGGGGGGGGUACUGUCACGGUUUCGGCCGAGGCUGCCUCUCUCCCUUGUUCGGGCAGGUUUCGGCGUUCGUCGUCUCCGAAAUUCUAGCUGCCACCGCUGUUUGUUUCUUGUUCGUUUGCUUUGGUCUGUUUGUUUUCACACCUGUUUCUGUUUUGGCGUAAUUAGUGUCCUAUAAGUUUCUCGUUGUGUUUGUCUAGUGUUGUGUGUAAUUGAUUUUCCGUCAGUUGUGUGUAUUGCUCGGUUGAGCUUCUCUCCAUUAUUACUGGAGUAUUUCCGCACCUGUUUGUGCGUGGUUACUAUUUUUGUCGCACCUGUUUGUGCGCGGUUGCUAUUUUGUCGCACCUGUUUGUGCGCAGUUUCUUUUCGCCUUCGUGCGUAAUUGUUGCCUCCGGGCAAAGGUUCCAUUUGCCUUGGUUUGGCCAAUAAUACAAGCCUUUGGGAAUAUCGUUCUGAGUCCUGCGUUUGAUUCCACCAUUUCACCUACCGCACGCCUGACAAGGUUAUUGUCCUUCUGAAAGGUGAAUUCAUUUCCCAGUGUCGGGUGGAAAGCAGACUGAACCAGGUUUUCCUCUAGGAUUUUUUCUGUGCUUAGCUCCAUUCCAUUUAUUGAUUUUUUAUCCUGAAAAACUCCCCAGUCCUUAACAAUUAAAAGCAUACCCAUAACACAAUGCAGCCACCACUAUGCUUGAAAAUAUGGAGUGGUACUGUUGUAUUGGAUUUGCACCAAAUGUACUGUAACACUUUGUAUUCAGGACAAAAAGUUAGUUGCUUUGCCAUAUUUUAUGCCUACUUUAGUGCCUUGUUGCAAACAGGAUGCAUAUUUUGGAAUAUUUUUUAUUCUGUGCAGGCUUCCUUCUUUUCACUCUGUCAAUUAGGUUAGUAUUGUGGAGUAACUACAAUGUUGUUGAUCCAUCCUCAGUUUUCUCCUAUCACAGCCUUUAAACUCUGUAGCUGUUUUAAAGUCACUAUUGGCCUCAUGGUGAAAAUCCCUGAGAUGUUUCCUUCCUCUCCGGCAACUGAGUUAGGAAGGAUGCCUGUAUCUUUGUAGUGACUGGAUGUAUGUAUACAUCAUCCAAAGUGUAAUAAAUAACUUCACCAUGCUCAAAGGGAUACUCAAUGACUGCUUUUUGUAUUGUAACAAAGGGGUUUAUUUUUUAAAUUAAUUUGUAGAAAUGUCUAAAAACAUAAUUCCACUUUGACAUUAAAGGGUAUUGUGUGUAGGCCAGUGACAAAAAAAUCGGAAUUUAAUACAUUUUAAAUUCAGGCUGUAACACAACAAAAUGUGGAAAAAGUCAAGGGGUGUGAAUGCUUUCUGAAGGCACUGUAAUUUAUGUCACCAGGCAGGCCAAAACUCCAUCCCUCCAAAACAGUCGUCCUUUCAAACAGCUCUUACUCUAAAAGGGCAUUAUUAUAAUUUUCACAAUUUCACAGUAUUAUUCCGACCUCAUAGUAUGGAAUAUACAGGUAACUGACUAAAUAAAAUAAAGGAAACACCAACAUAAAGUUUCUUAAUAGGGUGUUGGGCCAGAACAGCUUCAAUGCACCUUUGCAUAGAUUCUACAAGCGUCUGGAACUCUGUUGGAGGGAUGUGACACCAUUCUUCCACGAGAAAUUCCGUCAUUUGGUGUUUUGUUGAUGGUGGUGGAAAAUGCUGUCUCAGGCGCUGCUCCAGAAUCUCCCAGAAGUGUUCUAUAAGUGUUCUAUUGGGCUGAGAUCUGGUGACUGAGACGGCCAUGGCAUAUGGUGUACAUCGUUUUCAUGCUUAUCAAACCAUUCAGUGACCACUCGUGCCCUGUGUAUGGGGGCAUUGUCGUCCUAUGGGGGCAGAGCCAUGGUAGCCAAAUUAAUGGCCUGCCCAGUAUGUUUAGACAUGACCCUAAGUAUGAUGGGAUGUUAAUUGCUUAAUUAAAUCAGGAACUACACCUGUGUAGAAGCACCUACUUUCAAUAUACUUUGUAUCUCUCAUUUACUCAAGUGUUUCCAUUAUUUUGUAUAUAAAACACAGGAAAUUAUGUUUUUGACUGCACUCGGCCUUUAAGAUGGUUAGGUUAGACAACCACAUAUCACAGUCAAAUAUACAGGAUACGAACAUUCCAGAUAAACAAUGGAUAUAUAGCGUUUAGCAAAAAAACACAUUUUCAUACACAUCUCAAAUCUAUGAAUAAAAAAUCGUUAUUUUAAACAGACAUGAAGGUACCCAUAAGCAAUAAUUUCUGAUGAAAAACACAAAUGUGAAACAUUUGUAGAUAUUGUGUUUUGGAAAUAAAUUCUUUAAAUAUUAAUUUGGUUUGGUUUAGGGAAUCAAAUUCAUCAUAAAUAAUUAACAUUGUUUCAUUUUCCCUGCAUCCACAGAACAAAUCACGACUGUUGAUGGCCCUGUGGCCCCUCCCACAUCUGUAGUCCCGCCCCCUCCCCCUGCUCCUCCAUUACCUGGUGCAACAGAGGCCACAGCACAAGCCCCUCCUCCUCCACCUCCUACUCCUCCCCCUACAGGCUCGACUGCACCACCUCCUCCGCCCCCACCUCCUCCAGGGGGUGGUAUGCCCCCACCAUUUGGGGGUAUGCCUGAUGGACACACUGGUAAACUAACACACGAUAGGUCAAGAUAGUUCUGUCAGUCGUGGUUCUAAUGAAAAAACUCUCAGUUAAUUGGUCCCCACUAACAAGGACUGGCCAUUAGAAAUGGUUUUACACAAUGAAAAGUGCUGUUAAAGAAUGUGUUCCUCUUCUGGACAGGUAACAGAAACAAGAAGCCCAUUCAGACUAAAUUCCGUAUGCCUUCACUCAACUGGCAGGUCCUUAAACCCAACCAGGUGUCUGGAACUGUCUUCAAUGAGCUGGAUGAUGAGCACGUGUUGGGGGUGAGACCACAGUAGUCUACUAGCUAUCUGCUUACAAUCUGUAUUCUUGUCCAUCUCAAUCUGUCCUCAUCUGUAUGACUGCUGUUUCUCUUUCUUCUCCUUCCAAUCUUUCCAUCCCUCUUUCUCUGUCUCAGCCGCUCUCUCUUUUCUCUUUCUUCUCUCAUCCUGAAAUCCUUUGUAUUUCUCCCUCUAUCUGAUCUGUUUCCCGUCAUAUGACAACAUUUCCUGCCGAAUCAACGACCUGUUUAACUGUAAAUCGUACAGUUUGGACAUUACCAACAGCUCCUGCAUGAGUCAUCUACCUCUCCCCUCCAUGUCCUAGGAGCUAAACAUGGAUGCCUUUGAGGAGCAGUUUAAGACCAAGGCCCAGAUGGCCCCGGCUGACAUGAGGACCCUGAGAGCAAAGGUGGCCCAGAAGACCCCCAGCAAAGUGUCCCUACUGGAGCCGAACAGAGCCAAGAACCUCGCCAUCACCCUGCGCAAGGGAGGCAUGGCCACCUCAGACAUUUGUACUUCUAUAGAGACGUAUGUGUCUGUUAUCAAGUUGUUAUAAGAAAAUAAUACUACAUGUAAUUUGUGCGUAAGACUAGAAGUAGUACUACUAUAUAUAGUUGAAUGCACUGACUGUAAGUUGCUCUUGAUGAGAGCGGCUGGAUGACCAAAAUGUAAAAUGUAUAACUUUUUGUAUUGUGACUAUGCACAGCCAGAGAGAGGAAUAUAUAGUUAGUUUGGUUUUACUAAGCAUGUGAUAGUAACUGAUAAACGUAGAACCAAUGUGAAAUGUGUGAAGGCUCGCUACACUCAUAAAUCACUUCUAUUGUCAUCUUACAAUAAUCUAAGAGUAUGAACAGAGUGUCUGUAUGAAGUAGUAGUUGUACAUAAUCCUUGCCCUAUCCACUUCCUCUUGCCCCUCCCUACAGGUAUAACCAGGAAGCUCUGAGCCUGGACUUCCUGGAGCUGCUGGAGCGUUUCAUCCCCUCAGAGUAUGAAGUCAAGCUCAUCCAGAACUACGAGCGAGAAGGGAGGCCCCUGGAUGAGCUCCCUGAGGAGGACCGCUUCAUGGUACGCUUUGGCAAGAUCCCACGCCUGCCCCAGCGCAUCAGUAUGCUCACCUUCAUGGGCAACUUCCCAGAGAGCAUCCAGCUCAUCCAGCCGGUCAGUAGAAAUACUGAAAACAAUGUUAUUUCAAUGUUAUUUCAAGAUUGUUUCAAUGUUUUAUCAUCUAGUUGGAUGCGCAAAGCUUCACCAUAAUACCAAAAUUCACCAUAAUAUGUUCCCAUCUCUCCAACAGCAACUCAAUGCAAUCAUCGCUGCCUCAAUGUCAAUCAAGUCCUCUAGCAAGCUGAAGAAGAUCCUUGAGGUAUUGUUAGGAGACUGCUCUUUUGAUAUACUGCAUGGAUGGUGUGCGGUCAUAGUGUUUGGUUUUGUAUGAUUACAUAACAUUGGUGUGUAACUUUGGUAUGCCUCUUCUGUCCCUAAGAUCAUCCUAGCCUUUGGAAACUACAUGAACAGCAGCAAUAGAGGAGCGGCCUAUGGGUUCCGCCUGCAGAGUCUCGACUUGGUGAGAAAGACUUCAAACAUAAAGCAUACAUAUUUAUGAACCAAAUGUUAGAGGCACAUUUUCUGUUCCUUUUCCUACAACGAGGCACAUCGGUUUUGUACUCCAACCCUAGUCCAGAAGAUUCACUUGGGUUAGCAGAAUGUCAUUUUAGCACAGCAUCUAAUUGAUUAUCUACAGUAAUUAUUCAAAUGGGAUUCCACCUCAGUGAGAGAUCCAUAGAUAACCGAUUCUGACAGGCCUACUCUGAAUUAGCCACAGUGACUGAAUGACUAGAACAGUAAGGUGGAGCUGUGGAGGAUGUGUCUCAACUCACAAUGAUUGCUGAAGAUAAUCAAUGACAGGCAGAGUUACCCAAAUCAUCAAUUAAUGUCAAAAUUGAUUUAAUUGGAGACGAGUAACAACUGCAUCAUCAGGAUUUGACACCUUUGCUCUUGAUCACACUGUAUUUCUCAUUUUGAUGGGGUGCUGUAUCCCUUGAUUAUCUGAUCCCAGAUCUGUAUGUGCUAUCGCCAACCCCUCUGACUACCACUGUCAUAAAGCAAAUACAGAUCUGGGAUCAUGCUAACCUUUUCACAUUGUAUCCUUUUCUCCAUUGGUUCCCUCUAAGUAUGGCUCUGGUUUAAUCUAGCUGUCAACCCUUAAAGGCCCAGUGCAGUCAAAAACGUGAUUUUCCUGUGUUUUAUAUAUUUUUCCACACUAUGAGGUUGGAAUAAUACUGUGACGUUGUGAAAAUGAUUAUAAUACCCUUUUAGUGUAAGAGCUGUUUGAAAAGACCGCCUGAAAUGUUCCUGUUUUGGUAGGAUGGAGUUUUGGCCUGCCUGGUGACGGUGGUAAAUUAGUUAAUAGACCAAUAAGAAAGAGAGUUCCAAACUUCUCUGCCAAUAACAGCUAGUUUUCCGUUUUCCCCUCCCCACUCAGACCACUCCCAAGCAGUCCUAACUAAAUUCUUGCUUGAGAAAUUGCUCUUUGUUAAGAAGCUAUCUUUGUUUCUUUUUCACAAUUUUAAUUGAAGACAAUCCAGUAAGGUACUUAACUGUUCCCAGAAAUGAUUUGAUAUUUAGAUAAAAACAGCUGCAUUUGACCUUUAAGAAGGCCCCACAUUGCCAAAACUUUGGUUAUUAGGUUUACCCAUUAAAUUGUUUGGAGCAUAUACUGUAUAGCGUGUGCAACUUUAUUUAUUUAUUUUUAUUCAAUCUAGCUGUUAGACACCAAGUCCACAGACCGGAGACAGACUCUGCUUCACUUCAUAGUGAACAUCAUCCAGGAGAAAUACCCUGAGCUCCAAGCGUUCCACAGUGAGCUGCACUUUUUGGACAAGGCUGCUCUGGUGUCCCUGGACAGCAUUCUGCAGGACGUGCGUGCCCUGGAGAGGGGCAUGGAGGUGACCCGGAAGGAGUUUGCCAUACAGGAAGACAACCCUGUGUUGCAGGAGUUCCUCACCAGCAACAAUGACCUGCUGGACUCUGUAGUAGGAGAUGGCAAGACAGCCCAGGUCAAAUCUCACUACUAAAUAUAUAUAAAAAAUCUACAAUCAGUGUGGCAAAAUGUACAGCCUACUAUAUGGGGCUAACCUAGUAACGGUUUUAUGACACUAGACUAAAUUAAUUUAGGAGAGGCUAAUAAUAUUUGUAAAACACAAGUACUGCUACAGAAAGCAGUGAGGCACAGUGUAAUGGAGGUAUGAUUAAUGUUUCUCAUGUUAGGAUGUGUAUCAAUCAGCGGUGGAGUACUUUGGAGAGAACCCUAAAACCACACCUCCCUCCAUGUUCUUCCCCGUCUUUGUUAGGUUCAUCAAGGCAUAUAAGGUUAGUCACCACAUUGACUAAUUACAUUUGUAAUUGAUUCAAUAUAUUUAAUCAUUCAUACAGUACUUGUCAUAUAGCCAACUAUUAAAACGUAAGUACGCUAAUGUAUCAACAUAGACGAGCUGAGCUCUUUGCCACACAUCAAACAGUAACUGUUGCAUUAAUGUGACAGUGCGCCAUACAUAAAUGAUCACAAAUGUCUUUCUCUCCCUCCCCACCGGCAGCAAGCAGAGCAGGAGAAUGAGCAGAGGAGAAAGCAGGAUGUGUUGUCCAGCGAAUGGAAAACUGGACAACCGUUGACCUCGCCUAAGCCUGAAAUAGCACAGAAGGUAGUCCGUGACACAUUACCAACCACGUAGGAGCAAUAAGACACAGGGAGAGUUGACCCACUCCACUUACCCUCAUCACAUGUAUAAUUUAGACCCCAACUCUUUUUGGCUGCCCUUUGACCCCCCCCCCCCCCCCCACCCCCCACCCCCAGCAGGUACUCAUGAUGCCCAAGAUGCCCCAAAUGGAUCUGAUAGCGGAGCUGAAAAGGCGGCAGGUGACCCCCCUGGUUCGGGAGGGCAAGGAUGGCACCAUCGAGGACAUCAUCACAGGUGGGCCUGGUGGGGUCAGGGAUAAUGGGUUGAGGUCUCCAGUACAGUGUAUGUCUGCUAUAUAGGUCUAAUAUACUGGAUAUAAAGCUGUAGUUGUGAUAUACUCUUGUUGACAUGUACAGUAUUAUAACGCUUGUUUUUCUGUACCCUUUUUCCAUUUCCACAAAUACAUGAUCACUAACUGUCGUCAUGCAAUAUCCACCACCACCUACAUUAUCCUGUUGUCUCUGUCACAUCCACAUUCAUCUUCUCCCUUCACUCCCUUUUUCACUCCUUUUUUCAUGUAAUUCCCACUCAUUCCCCUGUGCAUAUCUCUCCUCACCCUUGGUUAUGUCUUUCCGUCACCCUCUUCUCCCUUUCUUUCUCUCUCUCUCUGGGGUUUUCAGCUUUAAAGGCUGUGCCCUUCACGGCUCGCUCUGGCAAGCGCUCCUCUCGCCUCUUCUGCGACUCUGGCUUCAGUGAUGAGAGCCCUACAUAG